UUUCUCGUGUCUCGGCGCCAGGUCACCGAUGCUCCGUCCCAGGAAGGUCGCCUCUCAGAGCAGGAGCCCGGCUCGCCCAAGGCAGAGAGUGACGGUGUCUACCUCGUCAGGGCACAAGGAUUCCCCUUCUCGUGCACCGAGGAAGAUGUGCUUACCUUCUUUGAUAGCUGUAGAAUUCGGAACGGUGAGAACGGGGUGCACUUCCUCUUAAACAGGGAUGGGAGGCGCAGGGGGGAUGCCUUGAUCGAGCUGGAGUCCAAAGCAGACGUCCAGAGAGCCCUGGAAAAGCACCUGAGGUACAUGGGCCCACGCUACGUGAAAGUGUUUGAAGUCCACGACAGCGAUGUGGAGGGCUUGAUGCGGAGCCUGCGGGAUGAAUCCCAAGCCAUGAACGAUGGAGUGGUGCUGCUCCGAGGCCUUCCCUUCAGCUCCACCGAGGAGGACAUUGCGGAUUUCUUCGCAGGUUUGAAAAUAGCAGACAUAGCCUUCAUUUAUCGGGGAGACAGAAGAACAGGAGAAGCUUUUGUGCAGUUUGCAACUCCUGAAAUGGCAGCUAAAGCCCUGUUACGGCACAAAGAGUAUAUGGGAAAUAGGUAUAUAGAAGUGUACGUAAGCAGAAAGCACCAGAUGCAAAGACACAUGUCCUAUGACAGGCAGUUGAUGACCUACUCCAAAAUGAGAAGAGAAUAUGAAUCCCUCCCUGAAGAAGGGGGAUGGAGAGGCAUGAGAGGCUCCAACGCCCAGGAAGAAAACAGAUUGUACAGGGGAGAAACGGAAACCUCCAGGAGCAUUUUAGAGCCUGGGGACACCUCAUCACCACCAGCACGGCACUGUGUCCGCAUGAGGGGUUUCCCUACCCAAGCUACUGCCCAAGACAUAAUAAAUUUUUUUGCUCCGCUGAGGCCCACGAGGAUCCUGGUGGAAUACAACUCCCAGGGAGAGGCCACGGGAGAAGUGGAGGUGCAUUUCGAGAGCCGCGAGGACGCCGUGGCGGCGAUGGCGAAGGAGGGGUCACAGAUGGAGUGCAGUGCCAUUGAAUUAUCCCUGAAUGAGCAUCCAAAGGCAAAGGAAAACUGUUAAUGACAGUGGCACGAGCUCAGAUUUGGCCGGGUGAACACGUUCCUUGUGUAUGAGGGUGAACAUCGGGUACAAGUGUCAGCGCUCAGCAAGGAGGACAAACUGUAAGAUCUAGUUUAGCCUUGUGUAAGAGGAGCAUGUAAUAAAUGUGCUGGACUGUGGGGAGUGUUACAAAAGCAGCAGCAGCUGCACUGCAGGAAUGGUCAAUGGGUGGAGCAGUCCUGGGCUCCAGGUGCAGAACGGUGCAUUAAUAAACACCAGGACUGACAACUGACA